UAUGCCUCAGGAAAUUGCUUUGGUGGAGGAAAUGACCGUUAAGGAGACAGUUUAUUAUUUUGGUCGUAUUUAUGGCAUGAGAGAUGAGAAGAUCCGCGAAAAAUUUAAAAUUUUACGUGAUCUUUUACAGCUGCCACCCGCUAAGCAACUGGUUAAGAAAUGUAGUGGUGGUCAACAGAGACGUGUAUCGUUCGCCUGUGCCAUGAUACAUGAUCCGGAAUUGUUGAUAUUGGAUGAGCCUACAGUAGGCUUGGAUCCAAUGUUGAGAGAGAAAAUCUGGGAUUUUUUAGUAGAAUCAACCAGAAAUAGUAAAAUGGCUGUGAUUAUAACGACACAUUAUAUAGAAGAAGCUAAACAAGCCAAUUGUAUUGGUUUAAUGCGUAAAGGUGUUUUGCUGGCUGAAGAUACACCGGAAAAUAUUAUGAUAAGAUUUGAAGUCAAUUCUAUAGAAGAUGCUUUUCUUAUAUUGAGUCAAAAACAAGGUGAUAAUGAUGUUAUUGAGGCUUCAUUGGCACAACUGCCCUCCAAUCAACAACAUGCCUCGAAUGCUAUAUGCAAUGGUGUCGAAGUUAUAGAUGCUUCGACCAUAACACAAACAACUGAAAAGGCAAAUUUGGAAACGAAUAUCGAGAAACCACCGAUAGAGAAUGUAGUGCAGUCCGAGGAGAAUGAUAAUCUAAAGAAAUGUUUCUUUACCACUAAGGGCAGGAUAAAAGCGUUAAUGACCAAAAAUUUUGUACAAUUAUUUAGACAACCGAGUGGCAUUAUUUUCAUGUUAAUGUUUCCUUUAAUACAAUUAUCCUGUUUUUAUAUGGCCAUUGGUAAAACUCCAAAUAAUAUGAGAAUAGGUAUUGUUAGUAAUGAAAUAACCAAAUGGGACACUUGCUAUGAUCCAGAUUUGAUAACCGUAUCGAUACAUAAUGAAACGUGUAAUUUUAGUACGAUAUCAUGUCGUUUUGUUACGAGUCUAGAGGAUACUGAUCAUAUAAAAAAGGUUUUCUAUGAUAAUGUAGAAGAUGCUCAUCGUGAUUCUAAAGCUACCGAUAUUCUGGGUUAUAUAUUCUUUCCAAGAAAUUUCUCUACCUCUAUGCAAUCUUUGAUGGAAGAUGGUCGUUAUGCUGAUGAUGCUGCUGUUAAUAGUGCAGAACUGGCUGUACAUAUUGAUAUGACUGAUCGUCAAAUUGCUUACUUUGUGGAAAGAAAAUUACGUGAACAUUAUCAUACCUUCAUUAAGGAAAUUCUAACAGAUUGUAAUUUACCUCAAUCAUUGGCCACCAUACCGGUAAAUAUGCAAGAACCUAUUUAUGGUUCAGAAGAAAUGGAAUUUCAACAAUAUGUAGCUCCGGGAGUAGUAAUGACAAUGGUCUUCUUUUUGGCCACUUUAAUGACAGCGGCAGUAUUCAUAGAAGAACGUAUGGAUGGUGUAUGGGAUCGUACUUUAGUAGCCGGUGUUUCGGCGAUGCAAAUGUUAUGGGCUCAUCUUUUGACACAAUUUAUUAUCAUGGUUAUACAAAGUUUCGAAGUGAUUAUGUAUAUUGGCAUAGUAUUUAACACUUAUAAUAAGGGCGAUACAGCUACAUUAAUAUUUCUACUGACAUUGACCUCAUUUUGUGGCAUGUUAUUUGGUUUACUCAUCUCGGUGUAUUGUAAAUCUCAUACGGAAGCAAAUUUUGUAGCCACCGGUGCCUUUUAUCCCAUGAUUAUUUUAUGCGGUCUUUUGUGGCCCUUAGAGGGUAUGCCGAAAUUUUUACAAGAUAUUGUGGUAUACUUUCCCUUUACCUUGCCUUCGAUAUCGGCUCGUAAUAUUUUAGAAAAGGGCUGGAGCAUUACCAAUGUUCACGUGUACAAUGGUUUCCUAGUUAUGUCCGCCUGGAUUGUUAUAUUCUUUACAUUAUGUAUGAUCGGUCUCAAAAGAAAAUCAUAGUUUAAGUAAUGCCCCUUAUUAAGCAUUGCUAUCCCAUUUUUUUAGAAAAUUAUUAAGUAGUGUUUUUUUUUAUUUUAUUUCAUUUUUUAUAAUUUUAUUAAAUUAAUUUAAAGUAUUUUUUACCAAUUCUCGCAUAGUUAUUCAUUCAUACCUACAUACACAUCUAAUCAUUGAAAUUUGCAUUAGAAAAAAAUCCCCUAAAAAAGAAUCCCAUAAUUAUUUAUGUUCAAAAAAACACAAAUUUUCCACAAAUUAUAAUAAAUAAGCUUAUAAAUUAUGUACAAUUUAAAUUCAUUUAUAACAAUUUGUCUUCAAUAUCAUUUGACGCAUUUUUUAUACGACAAAAAUUUCAUUUUUUAUCAAAUCCAAAUUUAACAACAACAAAAAGGUAACAAGUAUAAUUUAUAUGUAUUUAUGUAUUAAAGUGUAUAUUGAUCAGUUUUUUUUUAAAUGUAUAAUUUUAUUAUAUUAUUUAUAAUUUAAUAUGUAAAACAUGUAUACAAAAAACAACAACAAACACAUUAUUUCUAUUUUAUAAUAAAGAAAAAAAAGGUAAUUGUAGUUAUGUAGUAGUGUAGCUUUAGUAAACAAAUCAAGUGUAUAAUGCGAAAGCCAAAAAACAAUCUUAUAAAAUAUUUUUUGCAAAUAAAUCUUCAUAAAAAAUUAA